AUGGCAGCUGUGCUGAAGAAAUCGCAGGGCCAGAACAUCUGCAAGCCCGAGGGCUUCGUAAUGGACACGUACAGCGACUUUGACUCAGUCGAAGCCCUGAAUCGCCGUGUGUCCAAGCCAUUGCGCAAGCUGAUAGAGACAAAGUUCUUCCGCACGCUCAAGGUCGACCUGUACAAGCCGUGCGAGUUUUGGCGCACUGAGGGAUCGUGCUUCCAGCGGGACUGCAUUGCCCAACCGCUGGAGGACACGGAGGUGCCAGCGAUUUGGCAGGCGUCGACUGUGGACCAGAACGACUUUGGCCCGUUCUUGCACCGGCCCGAGUUCACCGACAAGGACUUCACCAUCGUUAACGACGAGUCGUUCGGCGACGGGAUCUGGCUGGACCUGGUCACGAACCCGGAGCGCUUCACCGGCUAUGCGGGCGCCGGCGCCAACGCAAUCUGGAUGAGCAUCUACCAACACAACUGCUUUGGCGUGCAGCCAUAUAUCCAGGACACAGCCGGCGGCUGGGGCAGCCAGCUGGUGAACCUGGACGGCAAGGCAAUGCCCUUUGUAAAGCCGCCGCCAAACCACCGCGAGCUGGUGCCGUUCCUGGUCAAUCUUGCCGAGGAGGAGCGCGGAAUUACGCUGCCGCAGGAUGUGCCGCACGAGUACCGCAUGUUCUACCGGGCUGUGUCUGGCCUGCACGCCUCGACGUCAACGCACAUCUGCUCUGACUACUAUAAUGCCACGUCUGGCAAAUGGGAGCCGAACCUCAACUGCUUUAUCUCGCGAAUCGGCGCCUUCCCCGACCGCCUGCAGAACAUAUACUUCAACUACGUGCUGCUGACGCGCGCAAUCCAGAAGAUGGCGCCGUACAUUGAAAAGUACGACUACAAGAUCGGCACACCUGCCGAGGACAAGAUGGUCAAGCAGCUGGUGCCGCGUGUCCUGAAGGAGGUGAAGAAGGCCGGCCUGGUGUUUGACGACUCGGAGCUGUUCCUUGGCCCAGGCGGCAGCGCGCUCAAGGCCGAGUUCAAGGACAAUUUCCGCAACAUCUCGCGCAUCAUGGACUGCACGGGCUGCGAAAAGUGCCGCCUGUGGGGCAAGACCCAGACCCUGGGCAUUGGCACUGCACUGAAGGCGCUGUUUUCGUACAAGGACAAGGCGUUCCGCAAGAGCUUCACCGCCGUGGACUUUAAGCGCAACGAGAUCGUGGCCCUGAUCAACACGUACUUCCAGUUCUCGCGCAGCAUCGAGGCCAUCGAGAAGUUCCGGGCCAUGUACCAGGACCUGCUCACGGACUGGAAGGCGUCCAACUAGAUCACGGACUGGAAGGCGUCCAACUAGACGGGCGGCGGCAAGUAGAUAAUAGCAAGUCGAGUAAUUCCUCCCACCCCUUUGUACCAGUGCAACUUUUUAUUCCCUUCAUCCAUUAAACUCCUCAAUCCUAUCCCCAUAGCUUUGUGAUGCCGAUCGGGCUGGGCUGGGUAAGGCUGUGCCUGCCCCCCGCACAUACGCCGUGG